AUGAAUACAGAAAUACCUGAAGUGUAUGUAAAUUGGGACGAUUUCUACCGCAUAUUGAAGCCAAUACAAGAGCGCAUUCCGGCGCUAAGCGGCGCCAAACUCCACAAACUGGUGGCCAGACUCGAGAACUUUACGCCCGACGGCCGCUCACUGAUUGGCGAAGUGCCCGAAAUUGGCAAUUACUUGUUGGCCGCGGCGGUGGCGCCACAAUUGGCCGCCGGCGCCGGUCGUCUCAUCACCGAUAUUAUUACCAAAAGCGACAACACGUUUGGUCACGAUUUUUGGUCAUUAGAUCCGCGGCGGUUCAUACCAUCGCAAAGUAAUCGCAUAUUUCUGUUCGAUCGGCUCCGGGAGGUGCCGGCGAAGGCCCGCUAUAACGUCAACUAUCCGGCGCCGCAUAACGACUACCAGACCGGUCACGGGUUGCGCACGAGUCCACUGUAUCCGCGGUUCAAACAGGCGGGCGCUCUCUUUCAGCAGAUCAUGGGCUACGAGAGGCCCGCCGUCUAUAUGGGAGCCGUAGAGCUGGACGACUAUCAGUCCGGGCUGUCGGACAGCGAGAGCCAAUCAAACGAGCCGUUACGGCACCGAUACCUGGAGACUCAGUCGUUCGGUCGCCCGCAUUGGUUGGAUGCCGUGCAUCAGGAAUACCAGGCGUGUCGGGAAAGGGUUGCACUUCUCGAUUACUGUAGUUUCAGUAAACUUGAGCUCCGAUCGCAGGGCGACGAAGUGGUGGAACUGUUGCAGUACUUGUGCUCUAAUGAUGUGGACAUCAAUGUGGGAUCUAUUGUCCACACGGGUAUGCAGAAUGAAAGGGGCGGCUAUGAGAACGACGUGUCGCUCUUACGGAUGGCUGACAACCACUAUAUGCUGAUCGGACCGACCGAACAACAGUCUCGUUGCAUAUCGUGGAUCAAAUCGCAUGACUUAGACUCCGUGGUUGACAUCCGCGACAUAUCGGGCCAAUACACGACCCUUUGUCUGAUGGGUCCGCUCUCUAAACUAGUGCUGAGCGAAGUGUUGGCCGAUCCCUCAGAACUGAACACAUUUCCAUUCUUCACGUAUAAAGAGUUGGCCAUCGGUUUGGCGCCAGAGGUUCGGGUCUGCAAUCUGACCCAUACGGGAGAGUUGGGUUGGGUUCUGUACUUACCCAACGAUAACGCCGGACACGUGUACGAUAUGCUGGUACGGGUGGGCCAGCGGUACGACAUGCGACACGCGGGCAGUAUAGCGAUGCGAACGCUGCGGAUCGAGAAGUUCUUCGCCUUCUGGGGUCAGGAUUUGGACACAACGACCACACCGUUAGAGUGCGGCCGCGCUUUUCGAGUCAAGUUUGACAAAGACUUUUUGGGCAAACGGGCGCUACUGAGACAGCGGGAGGAGGGGGUGCGGCGCCGUUACGUACAGCUACUGCUGGACGACUUUGACGACAAGUGUCAGGUGUGGCCGUGGGGUGGAGAACCCAUAUUCAUAUGCGACCCGCAGUACGACAGCCGUACGCCAGUGGGUCUGACCACAACCACCGGCUAUGGGUUUACUUUGGGCCGACACGUGUGCCUCGGAUUCAUACGCCAUCCGCACAAUGAGAUCGUUUCAAAUGAUUUCAUAUUGAAGUCCAAGUUUGAGGUCGAAGUCGGGGGCAAACGAUUCAAAGCCCGAACUANGAUCGUUUCAAAUGAUUUCAUAUUGAAGUCCAAGUUUGAGGUCGAAGUCGGGGGCAAACGAUUCAAAGCCCGAACUAAUAUCCAUUCGCCGAAACUGACAGACGUUUCGGGCACUUAUUUGGCCACUCGUUCCGGACCUGACCUCUGA